AUGGCACACAUUCCAGAGGUUUUACCCAAAUCGAUACCGAUCCCGGCGUUCAUCGUUACCACCUCAUCGUACCUAUGGUACUACUUCAAUCUGGUGUUGAUUCAGAUCCCGGGAGGCCAAUUCAUCGUUUCGUACAUCAAGAAAUCGCAUCACGACGAUCCAUACAGGACCACGGUCGAGAUAGGGCUUAUCUUGUACGGGAUCAUCUACUAUUUGUCCAAGCCACAACAGAAAAAGAGUCUUCAAGCACAGAAGCCCAACCUAUCGCCCCAGGAAAUCGACGCGCUAAUUGAGGACUGGGAACCCGAGCCGCUAGUCGACCCUUCUGCCACCGAUGAGCAAUCGUGGAGGGUGGCCAAGACACCCGUCACGAUGGAAAUGCCCAUCCAGAACCAUAUCACUAUUACCAGAAACAAGCUGAAGGAGAAGUAUACCGACGUUUUCAACUUGGCCUCGAACAACUUUUUGCAAUUGUCUGCUACAGAGCCUGUGAAAGAGGUGGUCAAGACCACCAUCAAGAAUUACGGUGUGGGCGCUUGCGGGCCUGCUGGUUUCUACGGUAACCAAGACGUCCAUUACACGUUGGAAUACGAUCUAGCGCAGUUCUUUGGCACUCAAGGUGCUGUUCUGUACGGGCAAGACUUUUGUGCCGCUCCCUCUGUUCUACCUGCGUUCACCAAGCGUGGUGAUGUUAUCGUGGCAGAUGACCAAGUAUCGCUAUCAGUGCAGAAUGCUUUGCAACUAAGCAGAUCCACAGUUUACUACUUCAACCAUAACGAUAUGAAUUCGCUAGAAUGCUUGCUAAACGAGCUGACCGAGCAGGAGAAGCUUGAGAAAUUGCCUGCCAUUCCAAGGAAAUUUAUUGUCACUGAAGGUAUUUUCCAUAACUCAGGUGAUUUGGCUCCAUUACCUGAAUUGACCAAGUUAAAGAACAAGUACAAGUUCAGACUGUUCGUUGACGAAACAUUCUCCAUUGGUGUUCUUGGUGCUACGGGCCGUGGGUUAUCAGAACACUUCAACAUGGAUCGCGCCACUGCCAUCGACAUUACUGUCGGAUCCAUGGCCACAGCAUUGGGUUCUACUGGUGGGUUUGUGCUGGGUGACAGUGUUAUGUGUUUGCACCAGCGUAUUGGUUCCAACGCUUAUUGUUUUUCUGCCUGUUUGCCCGCAUACACCGUCACAUCCGUCUCCAAAGUCUUAAAAUUGAUGGACUCGAACAACGACGCCGUGCAGUCGCUGCAGAAACUAUCGAAAUCUUUGCAUGAAUCCUUUGCAUCAGACGACUCCUUGCGUUCAUAUAUCGUUGUCACAUCCUCUCCAGUAUCUGCUGUCCUCCAUUUCCAACUAACUCCAGCAUAUAGGUCUCGCAAGUUCGGAUACACCUGCGAACAACUAUUCGAAACCAUGUCAGCUAUGCAAAAGAAAUCCCAGACAAACAAAUACAUUGAACCAUACGAAGAAGAGGAAAAAUUCUUGCAAUCCAUAGUUGAUCAUGCUCUUAUUAACUAUAACGUACUCAUCACAAGAAAUACUAUUGUUCUGAAACAGGAGACACUACCAAUCGUCCCUAGCUUGAAAAUCAGCUGUAACGCCGCCAUGUCCUCCGAGGAACUCAAAAAUGCUUGCGAAAGUGUCAAGCAGUCCAUCCUUGCCUGUUGCCAAGAAUCUAAUAAAUAA